AUCUUUUCACUUGCAGGGUAUAAUUACAGUAACAUUUGAAGUUCCAGGAAAUAUAAAAGAAGAAGACCUAAAUCUCUUUAUUCAGAAUCUUCUGUGGGAGAAGAAUGUGAAAGAUAAGAUUGGGCUCACCAUGGAUGUCAUAAGACUGAAGGGACUGGUAUCUAUUCAAGGCAAAUCUCAUCAGGUGAUAGUCCAAGGUGUCCAUGAGCUCUAUGAUCUGGAAGAGACUUCAGUAGCCUGGAAAGAAGAUGAAAACAGAACAAAUAGACUGGUCCUAAUUGGCAGGAACUUGGACAAGGAGACCAUCAAAGAACUAUUCAUAGCCACUGUGACAGAAAAAUGGGGAAGUGGGGAAAAGGAUUAA